AUGCCCCCUCGGAAGACCAAGACUGUGGCGGUGGCUGCCGCCGCCAAGAAGGCAGCAAGGAAGCCCCCAAUGGCCAGGACGACGGCCGUAGUGUCUCCGCCAGGACAGGGGGACGACCUCGACACCAGAGGGGAGGCCAAGCGCUUCCGCGUCUUCCACCGCGUGUGGCGCAACCACCGCCUGACGGAACCCCCGACGCGCGAGGAGCUGCUGGGCGAGUUCCCGACCUUCCUCGCGGCACGGCAAGCGGCCACGUCGCACAUUGUGCAGAUUGCCGCGCGCGGCCAGAUGACGCCGAUGCCGAAUGCGGGCCUGGGGGACAUAUACUUUGGCGGCGCGAAGGGCGGCGUGGAGGGCGUGCUCCUCGAGGAGGUCGGCGCGCCGCGGAUCGGCGGCGCAAACCCUUCCCCAGCGCCAUGGAGCGUGUUUGCGCUCGUCGAGCGACGGCGCAGCGGCGACAAGCGCAUCGGCGACACGGUGUACGCGUCCCGUGCGAGCGCCGACGCGGCUGCGGGCCAGCUCACGGCGCCGAGGGGCGCGGCUAUCGCUGUCGUCGAGGCCAAGGUGUGGUAUGGUUGA